UUAAAGCUAGUGUACGCUAAAUAGUGCAAAGACUUUCUCCUAACCAAACUCUUUAAACACGUUAAAACCCAUGUAAACAAAGACUAAACAAACAAAAGGAGAAAGACUUUUCUUCCUCUUUGUUUUAUUCAACCCAAAAGAAAACCCAUCAAAAUUAUGGCUGAAUUCAAUGGUAGAUCAUCAUCAUAUGGGCAAACUAGAAACAAUUUGCAGCUUGAUUUUUACUAUGGAAGCAACAACCCCAAGAAUUAUUGGAGUGAUCAAAGGAGUUACAGUUUAGAUACAUAUCAUCAUGAUCAUCAAUCUCAAUUUAAUCAAAUUCCCAAUAAUUUUGAUAAUAAAUUGAAGAAAUCCAAAACAAUAUCAACUUCCAAAGUUUGGUGUUUUAGUGAUCCAGAAUUCAAGAGGAAGAAAAGGGUUGCUAGCUACAGAGCUUAUACUGUUGAAGGUAAAGUCAAAAGAUCUUUCAGGAAGAGUUUUUCAUGGAUUAAGGAGAAAUUAAUUUAUGGGAUUUGGUGACAAUUCUGUCUUUGUUUCAGUUGGAGCAUGUAUGACUUUUCUUGGGUAAGAUAUUGAAUUUCAUUGUCAGCCAACCUUGUAUUAAAAGUAGCUAUUCUGAAAUACUUGCAACUGAUUAUCAUAUUCUGUGCGAGAAAGUAUCAAAAUUAGUUGCAUAUAUAAUAGAAGGAAGGAAAUAUAAUUAGGGUUGUUAAAAUUAUUCUUUUUCAUGUUUAAUUGUUUGACUUUUGGGUGAAUGAUGGGUUUCUCCUAAUGUAAUGCAAUUUGCAAUGAAUAUUGUGUGUAUUCCUUUUUUUUUCACAUAAUUAUAAUUAAUUAUAAUAAUUAUACUUAUACCAUGUAUAAAUGAAUACCUUUUUAAAGAACCAUAAUUGUAUUCAUCAUAAAUAUGAAUAUUGAGGUCUUACAUUA